AUGAAUCUCAUCAUUGGCAAGUGCAGUACAACUAUUAGGAAAGUGUUUAGUUUACCACUGUGUGCAUCCAUGAGCGUUUUGCAUCUGUCACAAACACAGUUGAUUUUGAAAUUAACAAGGAAGCAGCAUUACUCAGACUGUGCUAAAGCGAAAUUGUUAUUGAAUUAUUCGUUGUCAACAUUGGGAACUACUUCUUCAAAAAUAAGUUCCUUGUUAUCCUGGCACCAGGCACCAGUAUUAAACAACAAGACUGUAAUAAAAGUGAAAGAAAGAAACAGUUCUAAAUGUUACCAUGCAACUCACAGUCGUCUGGGACAUAGCCCAGACACAUCUAAGGAAUGUUCUGAAGACAGUGUUCCCAGACCCAGAAAUAUUGAAUCUCUCAUAGAAACCUGGUUCUAUGAAGUUUGUCCACGUGGGUCUUUAGAGGCCAGCCUUCCUUUUAGAACAGAAGUAAGACCUUUAAACCCAGAAAGUUAUCCUAACAUGAACAAAGUGAUUAUACAGCUACAUUUUGAUGCAACUGAAGGUGCAGAAGUACCAACUCCUCAUCAGCUGAGCCAGAUUAGUGACUUGUAUGAUCUGCGGGUUGGGUUUGAUGCAGAUAAAGCAAAUAUGAAGAUCUCCUGUGAUUUAAUAAAGGGGGUUUUCGUACCGAUAAUCUGCACUCUUCAUGUCCCGAUGCAUUUUGAUCUGAUAUUAACCAUGACUGAUGACAGUUCACUUUUAGUGGAGAAGAUGGAGAGUAAAGCUAUCGCCAUUGAAAGUGAGAAGGGAGACUGUGUUUUUAGUAACAUCAAGAGUGGAUCAGUUAGUGCACUGUGUCGAUCUGGGAACAUCACAUGCAAGUCAGCCUUGUUAGGAAAUGUUUACUUUCAUACAGGAAAGUCUGGGAAUAUAGUUGCAGAUAAACUACAGGGCUCAAACAUCUUUUGUGAAUCAGAGAUGGGUUCAGUUGUAAUCAAGAGCUUGUACACUGACAGUGCAAUCUUCAGGUCCGAUGGGGGCAAUGUUCACCUCGGGCAGUGCCAUGGACAAGUGUACAUGCAGGCAGACAAAUCUCACCUGAAGAUUGAAAGUCUCGAAGGAGAUCUGGAUGUUGGGCUGCAGUCUGGAAGUGUCCAAGUUCACUUCAGUAAACACAACAAAGCUGACGUGGAGGUCACAACUGGUGAUAUUUCUCUGAGUUUUCCUGAAGGAACCAACACAGACCUAAACUUGGACAGUCCAACAGUUGUCGUUGAUGAGAAUGUUGAUGCCACAUUUACUCAGACUGGACUCCCACAUCAUAAAGAAGGCUAUAUUGGAGAAAAAGGAAAAGCUCUUGUUAAUGCCAGGACACUGUCAGGAACAAUUUAUCUCAAAUGUCUUGACUGGAUUCACUCAACCAAACUGGCUUUCAAGACUGAUAAUAGUGCACCAGAUGUUUGA